AGCCGUCCUAUUCCCCCCAGCUGUUUUGGACCUCCUUGCUCUCCGUCCACGGCCUCGAGAAGGAGGAGCAAAAACAGGAGACUUAUAAAAAGCGGCCUCAUUCGUGACCUGCGCAGUGUGGAGUUACCGCCUUUUUCCUUCCAUCUCCGCUUUUUUGGUCCUUCGCGCGUUCCGUCCGCGGCCGCCGCAAACCGCCAUUUCCGUCGCGACCGUUAUCUCCCCGCCUCAGUCAGUCAGCGCUUCCUCCUCGGAGGGAGGAGAUGAGCUGCGGAGGCGGCGGCGGCUCUUGACCGGUCACUCCCUUCCUCUCCCCGAGGAUGCUGAAGAUGAAGCUCCCGGUGAAGCAGCCGCCUCAGCCAGACCUGAGGGAGGGGGAAGAGGAGGAGGAGGAAGACGACGGCGAUAAUAACGAAGCGCUGAGGGAAAAUGGAGGGCGCUCGGCCUCUCAGCCUCGACGAAGCGGGGCUCCUCAGGGCGGCUGCUGCUGCUGCUGCUGCUGCUGCUCUGGAGCGGCGCGGGAGUCGGUCUACGAGUGGUUCGGCCUGGCCUUGGGCUCCGCGCAGCGCCUGGAAUUCGCGGUGGGGCUGCUCGACCUCUUGAACCCUCUGGAGCUGCGCUUCCUGGGCUCCUGCUUGGAGGAGCUGGCGCGCAAGGACUACCACUGCCUCAGGGACUCCGAGGCCAAGGCCAACGGCGCCGGAGGGGAGGCCAACGCCAACGCCGCCGCGCCCCAGCAGCCCCCGCCGGCGCCCUCCUCCUCCCCUCCGCCCCCUUCCCCUCCUCCUCCUCCGCUUCCAGCGCCGCCGCCGCCUCCCCCUCCCUCCGACUUCCGAGACCCAGCCGUCCGCUCCAAGCUCAUCGUCUACCUGGCCCUCCUGGGCUCCGAGAACCGGGAGGCCGCGGGGCGCCUCCACCGCCUCCUGCCCCGAGUGGAAGCCGUCCUCGAAAGCUGCCGCCCUCCGCAGCUCCCCAGGAAGGGAGGAGGAGGAGGAGAAGGAGAGCGGGAAGAGGACGGGGACGACGAGGAGGAGGAGGAAGGGAGGGCGAGGGAGGGCGGCUUGGGGCCGGUGGCGCAGGAGGAGCUGCUGCUGCUCUUCACCAUGGCCUCCCUCCACCCGGCCUUCUCCUUCCACCAGAGGGUCACCCUCCGGGAGCACCUCCAGCGCCUCAGGAGGGCCCUCUGCCGGGACGACGACGACGAAGAAGGAGAAGGGUUCGGGAGCCCGAAUGGUCCUCAUAACUGCAUGCCAAGUAAUGAGAGCAGAUUACUUGAGCAAAGAAUAGCUCAUCAUGAUAAACCUUUGGUGACCUCCCACAGACCACAGCAAGAAGCUGUACACAUUCAGAAGAUAAUGCUGAAAGGAGGACCACGGAAAAGAUCUGACAAACAUCUGGAAUAUACUUUCAAAGUGAUCUGGUCUGAUCAUUCCAUAUCCUGUGUAACUAAAACACAUCAAGAACUACAGGAAUUUCUACUAAAACUUCCAAAGGAUCUUUCUUCUGAAGCAUUUGACAAGACUAUUUUAGGAGCCUUAAAUCAGGGGUUACAGAAGCAAGAAGAAAGGAGGCACCCAGACUUGGAACCUAUGAUAAGGCAGCUGUUUUCAACUACAUCCCAAGCUUUUCUGCAGAAUCGGAGAGUACACAACUUUUUUCAGUCUCUGUCCUCGGAUUCAUUGCAUGUUCAUAAUAACUUCCAGUCAUCUCUAAAGACAUCCAAGAUACCAGAACACUUCAAAGAGGAUAGCUCAGAAGCUUCAAGUCAGGAGGAAGAAAUGAUACCGCACACAGUGAUUCACAAGAAACAUAAUGGAAAAUGUCCUGUUGCCAGCACUGUUAAUACAAAAUGCUCUUCAUUGGAUGGCUUUGAUGUAAUGCACUCUGAACACAAUGGUGUGGCAGAUUGGAGAAGAAAAGGCUGUGUGCUUCAGCAGCAUCCGGAACACUGCACAUUGCUUGAUCAGAAUGCAGAAGAGAAGAGGAACUUGCCUGUGAUAAGCAAGAAGAAAGGAAAGCUGCAACCAGAAAAAGAUAAAGGAAAGAGAAAUGACACCAGGUUAGGCAUCAGAAGUAACUGUGUAAGAGUUGCAGAUACUUACCAUCUCCACCCAGGAAUAGCAAAAGAUUCAAAUUUAAAUGUUACAGUUGGACAUGACACAUGUGGAGAAACCUCUUCAGAAAGUUACAGUUCUCCUUCUAGUCCACGGCAUGAUGGAAGGGAAAGCUUUGAAAGUGAAGAAGAGAAAGACAGAGAUACAGAUAGCAAUUCUGAAGAUUCUGGGAACCCAAAUGUGAUGAGAUUUACUGGCUUCAACGCUACAGACCUUACUAACUCACCUGCACAGAUUCCAGUGAGACCAGACAAUCAGAAUAUUGUAGAGGAUCCUUUGAAUUCACAGUUUCAACACAUUUCCUUCAUGCCUGCCCUGCACUGUGUGGUGCUUAAUGGUGCACAGAAACCUGAAUCAGUAGUUCCGCCACCAAUAUCUGCCGAUGGAAAAGGUUUAGGAAUGGUGGUUACAAAUUCAGCUCCUGUUGGAAUGGGUUCAGUUGGUGAAUCUGACAAACACAUUGAACUUCUGCCUUCCCCUUUGCCAACCACUUUUCUCCCACCGACAGUCCAGCCCGGUAGCCCUGCAUUACACUUAGCAGUACAAAGAAUGAAAAUAUCUUCACCACAGGCAUCAUCUGAAAAUUGUGCAGUUAGUGGACCACCACCACAACAAACAGGAAACUUAAGCAUUGGAUCACCCACCACUGCCUUUAUCCCAGUCCACAAUCCAGGUAACUUUCCAGGAUCCACGGUUCCUACUACAGAUCCAGUCUCAAAACCUGCAUCCCAUGUGAUGAGCUUAAAUCAAAUGGUGCCUCAUGUUGAGGGAAGCACAGGAGUGAUUCCUCAACCUCCCAGUCUAAAAGUAGUAGUUCCUGCAGCUGGUCUAUCCACAGCACUUCCACCAGCUCCUUUUACUGUACCAGUGACUCUUCAUGCUACCAGUGUAUUGCCCAAUCAAAGUACCCCUGUGCUGAACACUGUGGCAUCAACACCACCUCCACCAUCUGCUCUCUGUGUUAGUCAGGUACAGCCUACUGUUCCUCCUGCAAUACCUACCCACACGCCAGGCCCUGCACCUAGUCCAAGCCCUGCUUUAACACAUAGCACUGCACAAAGUGAUAGCACAUCUUAUAUUAGUGCUGUUGGGAAUACUAAUGCAAAUGGGGCCUUAUUGUCUCCACAGCAGUUGGGGUCUGGGCCGUGUGGGUCUUGUGGUCGUAGAUGCAGCUGUGGGACCAAUGGAAGUCUUCAGAUUAACAGUUAUUUUUAUCAUAAUCCACUUCCUGGACAAGUCUACAGAGUUCCACCUUUCUUUACUCUGCCAUCACUUUGCAAUGGUAGCUACCUCAAUCAAGCACAUCAAACCAAUGGAACACAGAUUCCUUUUUACUUGCACCGGGGCCCAUAUCCAAAUGGGCUGAUGCAUGACCCAGUAAUGGGGAGCCAAACCAACUAUGGUAUGCAGCAAAUGGCAGGAUAUGGGAGGUACUAUCCUGUGUAUCCAGCUCAAAAUGUAGUUGCCAAUACUAAUGGAGCAUGUCCCAAGAAGAAUGGGAAUGUGUCCUGUUAUAAUUGUGGUGUUAGUGGGCACUAUGCACAGGACUGUAAGCAGUCAUCUAUGGAAGCCAGUCAACAAGGCACUUACAGAUUGAGAUAUGCACCUCCCCCACCCCCUUCUAAUGAUACGUUGGAUUCUGCUGACUGAAACCAAGUAAACAUUGCCUGCAUACCAAAAUGAAGGUUGGGAGAUCUGGGAAAUUCUUUGGAUUUGAAAGAUUCCUUGAGUGUGUUUAUGUUCUGUUGCAUUUUUUUCAUUGCUCAUGAACACCUGUUCUGACACAAACGAAGAAAGCCGUUUUUUCUCCUGGUCUGACUUGGAUAAAGCAUGUGGCUGUCUCAGCCAAUCAAUCAAAAAGCAUUUGGAAAAUAGACUUUUUGCACUGAAGACUUGAGACAUGCAAUGUUUACAACAUUAUUUUUUUAAGGCCAUUUAAUCUCUGACUACACUGGUUGAACAGCCAUAUGGUUGAAAGGAGAAACUGGGUCAUGCUCCCAAAAGUCACCUUUUCCUUCCCCACUUUUUCUCAUGCUGCUAUUAUCUUCCACCUUUGCUGGCUCUACGUUUUCUCAAUGGGACUGGAUGGAUGUUGAGCUCUUAAAAUAGAUUCCUGCCCGUGACACUCUACAAAAUUCCUAUGCUUGUGAACUGGUGGGGCUGUUGUUUGCUUUUCUUGAAAGAAGAUUCACAGAUGUGUACAGCUCUUGUUGCCUAAAUGGAAAAAAUAAAUAGAAUAUGGUGAAGGUUUAAAAUGGUGUAAACUUUGAACAAAUUUCUAAAAUAGAGAAGUCAAACUUUUUUUAAUUUUGUUGUGCUUUUUUUUUAACCCUGUUGGUUCAAAAAGAGCAACUGGUAUGACUUCCUUUGUGUGUUUGCAUUUGCAAUGGAAAUUGGCAGCAAAUCUGUGUCAGUUACAAAAAAAAAACCCCUUAGAUUUUAACAUCCCACUUAAGGCUACUACAGUAUUGUGUUUAGAAUGUAAAUGAUUCAUUUGAAUCUGAACAAAACCUGUGUGUAUUCUAAAAAUCUGUUGGGUGUUUGUAUACUAGAACCAAAUAGCAAUGUCACUUUCCUAUGACAGUUUACCACUGUGUGAUCACGAUUUAAUGUGAAAGACUCCAAUGAGUGUGAAGAUUGAUCAUGUAAGUGUCAUAUCACUAAGUUUAACGCUGCUGUAUUUUAUUUCUAAAAGCCAAGAUGUACUAAAUUGCUUCCAGGUAGUAUCUGAUUUCUUAAGUGCACUGAGUUUAUCUGGAAGAAAAAUUUUGACUGUUGAGAUCAACACUGAACUACCGCCAUUUGUUAGGUUCCCAGCUGAUACCAGAAAUAUGGGUUUUACUUUUUAUAUAUAUAUAAAAAAAAUGGAUAUGCAGCAGGUGGAAACCAGUCAAAACAUUUUUGAUUAAUUCUCAUUACUAAACAAACUUGAAGAAACUUGAUUUACUACAUUUCUUCAUAUAUAGCAUUUAUAUUUAUAGCACCAAUAUAUUUUGGAAGUGAGGGGGGGCAAAGAGAUAGAUGAGAGCUUUAAUUUAAAAGAGAAUUAGCAUAGGAAAUUAUUUUGAUUUAAAAAAAAUAUUUGCUGGGUAUGUUGGACCAUAUUAAAAAGAAAUAACUGCUUCUGAGACUAGUGAGGGUGUUAAAGCACCAUUCUCAAUUACCUGCCAGUUUACCUAUUGGAGUUAUGUUAUGAUUUUAAGAUACUGUACUGUAAAUAGGAGGUAUGUUGCCUUCUCUUUAUUUGUAUGUUUACCAUAUACUUUGAUAUUUGAAACAUUAUGUACUGGAAAGGUCACUUAUAUUUCUAGAACAGAUUGGAUUUCAUGCAGCAUUUUUCCUUGAAUUAACAGCAAUAAAAAGAGGGGGAAAAGCAUCUGCUUGAAAA